AUGCAUAACUACCUGCUAUUGCUAAAAAAAAUAUGUUGUAAGUCUUCGCAGUUCGUACACUAAAAUGCGGUCAUCUGUAUGGACAUUUCUAUAUAUUGCAAUUGCUCUAACCCAGUGCCCGAUUAGGGCCAAGGCCGCAAUGGAGCAGAGCCACAGCACUUCCGUCGCGGGUAUGGUGAAGUUGGUGCUGCUGGAGGCCAAGCUCAUUGAGAAUCUCAGCAGCUAUGCGGAUGAGCUCGAGAGGAGAUUGAAUAUAUUGAAAAGGGCCGUUCCACAAUUGCAAGCCGAAAGCAAUAAGGCCAUAGGUCAAAUGGAGCAAUAUGUGUCGAAUCCAAUAAACGGAUUUUCGCUAAUACGCCGAAUGAAUCAAGAUUGGAACGAUUGGAUGUUAUUUAUGGAGGAUCCAGUGGGCUCAUCGCAAGUGGCUUACGUUAGUAGCCAGAAAUCACAGCUACCAACCAAUGUCGAUCUGAUUGAGGCUUGUAUAGCUAUUUACCGACUACAAAGGUUCUACAACUUAACGGUGAAGGACGUGUCCACAGGCAUGUUAAACGGAAAGAAGUACGACGUUAGUCUUAAUGCUCUGGACACCUACGUGUUGGGCCGAGAGCACCACAAGCACCACACUGUAGACUUGGCCGGCGAGUGGUUCGCCGAAACGAACAGCUGGUUAAUGGAGCACACACUCUCAAGCCCAAUUGGAGCCGACCGUGAGAAAAUGCUGCACUUCUUUGCCAGCGCGUUUUUUGAUUAUAAAUAUUACUCGAUUGCACUGUCACUGUUUGAUCACGCUCUGGUAUUAGGAAAGAAAACAGGAGAUUCCACACUACUGAAUAGACGACGUGUUAUAGAGAAGCUAGCCCGAGAAGAGAUUUUGGUUAAGAAGGAACCCAAAGCAGAUGCAACCAAUUACGGCAGGGGUUGCCGUGGUGAAUUCGUAGGCAUAUCCAAUUUGUAUUGUGUGUACAAAUUCGGGACUUCACCAUUUCUCCUCUUGGCACCGAUCAAAAUGGAAAUUCGGCUGCUUAAUCCCUUUAUAAUAGUCUUUCAUGAUGUGUUGUCGCCCCGAGAAAUCGAUGAGCUCCAGAAACUCGCCAGACCAUUGUUAGAGCGUACAACCGUGGUAAAGUUUAAAAAGUAUGAAAAGGACAGCAGGCGGACCUCUAAGGGCACUUGGAUUGAACGCGACCAUAACAAUCUGACAAAGCGCAUUGAAAGACGUAUUACGGAUAUGGUCGAAUUGGACUUGCGAUAUUCGGAACCGUUCCAAGUUAUGAACUACGGCUUAGGUGGACACUAUGCGGCACAUGAAGAUUUCCUUGGUGACACCUGGGCAGAUAAAAAAGAAUACGACGAUCGCAUCGCCACUGUUCUGUUUUACCUAACUGAUGUAGAGCAAGGAGGCGCCACAGUGUUCACCAUACUUAAACAGGCUGUCAGCCCUAAGCGCGGAACGGUCCUUUUCUGGUACAAUUUGCAUCGUAAUGGAACAGGCGAUACGAGAACCCUGCAUGGCGGUUGUCCAGUUUUAGUGGGCUCCAAAUGGAUAAUGACCCUAUGGAUACGUGAGCGCAUGCAACUGUUUACCAGGCCUUGUCUAAAAGCUGAAUAGCCAAGGCACUUAGUGCUCCAAAUUGAUUUGUAAAAUUGUUCGGAACGCACAAACAUUUUUUAUCCGAGUUUUCAGGCACCAUGCAAUCGGUUCUCAUAUCGUUUUUGUACAACAGAGACUCAUAACGUUGGAUUUAACUUACAUUGAAUCUCGGUUCAUAUGACACUUUCAUAGCAUUGACACAGUUAAAAAUAUAUACAAUUAAUAAAAAUGUUUAUGGUCAGUAGCC